GGGAGCGAGGCAAAAAAGGUACGACUGAACAUGAUGCGCAGAAUCCAAGAAACCAAAGGAAUUCUAGCGAACACGUUCGUGUCGCUCGAGGCUCGUGCGGUGAAAGGUCUUGGGGAUCCACGGUGGUUCCCCACGAUGCCUCCGCUGUACUGCGUCGGGCCAUUGGUCGCCGGGUACAGCGAGGCCACAGAAAGGCACGAGUGCCUGAAAUGGCUCGACGAGCAACCAGAUCACAGUGUUGUGUUCCUCUGCUUUGGGAGCGUAGGGACAGGCAACCACUCCGAGGCGCAGCUCAAGGAGAUCGCCGCUGGCCUCGAGAGGUCCGGCCACCGGUUCCUAUGGGUGGUGAGAGCCCCUUCCCACGAUGACCUAGAGAAACCAUCAGACCCCUGCGCUGACCCAGACCUUGAUGCCCUUCUGCCCGAGGGCUUCUUGGGGAGAACCAAUAGCCGUGGUCGCGUAGUCAAGCUAUGGGCACCGCAGGUGGAGGUGCUCCACCACCGGGCGACGGGGGCGUUCGUGACGCACUGCGGGUGGAACUCGGUGCUGGAGGGGAUCACUGCGGGCGUGCCGAUGCUCUGCUGGCCUCUGUAUGCGGAGCAGAAGAUGAACAAGGUGUUCAUGGUGGAGGAGUACUGGGUUGGCGUGGAGAUGGUGGGGUGGCAGCAGGGCCUGGUCACGGCGGAGGAGGUAGAGGCCAAGGUAAGGCUUGUGAUGGAGUCCGAGAAAGGGGAGCAGCUCAGGGCACAGGUGAUGGCACACAAAGAGGCUGCAGACAUGGCGUGGAAGGAUGGUGGAUCGUCUCGCGCGGCGUUUGGCAAGUUCUUGGUGGACGUUCACGCUGGCCUGGGGCUAGCACGCCGCUGAAUUACUAGUAACAUGAUUAUGACGUUCUUACGCGCGUUACAUUAUUAUAUUACACUCCUACUCUCUUUGAAUGGAGGGAGUAAGCUAUGCAGUCCUUGAGGUUUUCUUCAUGCGUCAUGUACCUUGUUAGUUGUUUGUACAUCUUUUUCUUAAGCCCACAUCUUUUGGUAUUGCGACAAUGUAAUAAUGUUGUGUUGUUCGUA